AUGAGAUGUUCUCGUGAACGUAUCGGGGCCAUUUGCAGUUGUUUCGUCACAAACGGCAUUGAGGGGUUCAUCCAACAGUUGAAGCUCACUAAUCCAAUCCAGGCCCAAGAGAUCAAGGCCUGUGUAGUUCGUGAGGUAGCAAGUGCCAUUGAGUUGAAUCCCCUUGAACGUUACGGAACAGUUCAGCUUCCCGGUCAGUUUGAGGCUUCCACCAGAUGCAUUACGAAUGAUGCACUUUGUGGGUUCCACUGGUGGCCUUCCAAUUAUGUUCCAGUAGCCGGGUCCGAAUAUCUGCAUCGUGUGACCAGCCACAAAGAUGAGACACUUGAAUUGAUCCUCGGUCAUGGAGCUGAGCUGAAAGCGCUCGCAUUCUCUGUUGACCACACCGGCAUAUGUGAUGAAAUCCUCAGUAUCCCUUUUGGUAAUCUUGAGACACUGAUAACGAAUAUUGAACAAGGAACUUUGCUCACCGAAUAUUUGGGCCAGAAUUUUGACAGCAUCUGCGAAACCAAGGUCACGAGGGAGUUUGGGGAGUAUGAAAUUUGUGAACCGAUCGUGUUCAGCUGUCCCCAGUUUCCGCAGCAACAGUCGAACUUUCCAUGCAUCGUCAAACUGAACAAAGUCGGUUUGAAACAUGUCUUCAUAUUUCUUGAACCAGCUUUCGAAAGUUCGUCCAGAUUCAGCAUCGAAAUUAAAUUCAGUAAUCGAGCUGGCAGCAGCAUCUGCGGAAGAAGACGGAGGCUCAAACGUUUUUGUCGCGUUCACCGACAUACUGCGCAUCAGAUAUUCAACAAACCUCAUUUGAGCUUCUUCGAACUGCUUUCAACACACCGCCUUACUUUUUCAGCUUCGUAUGCCAUUCUCUUCGUGAAUUUCUGCGAAAUGGGUCGACGACGGAGUGCAAACAAACCACCUCCGAAACGCAAGGCCAUACAACCACUGGAUAAAGUCUUCAACUGUCCUUUUUGUAACCAUGGCCGAUCGUGUGAAGUCGUUUUGCAGCGUGACAAUAAUAUCGGCUAUAUAAAAUGUACCAUUUGUUUGGAGGAUUUUCAGACGAAAAUUAAUUACCUCAGUCAGGAGAUCGAUGUCUACAAUGAUUGGAUUGACGCUUGCGAGGAAGCCAACGCCUGAUAGAAUUAUGUACUCUAUUUGAAUCUAUUUAUUUUCUAACAAUCUUAUCCAAU